UCGCUCUUAUCUUUAGCCCCGUCCUUGAGCGCGAUAAAAAGCGGAGAAGCAAGUCAAUAAAGAUUUCAGAAAGAUGGGUUCGAGAGGGGCGAAUUUGGUGCUAUCGAGGGCCAAUAGAAUGAGGGCGAAGUUGCAAUCGGCCCUGGAAGCGACGGCUGUGGAGAUCGACGACGUGUCGUACCAGCACGCCGGCCAUGCCGCUGUCAGGGGCACUGCGGAUAGCGAGACUCACUUCAACGUUAAGAUCGUGUCACCGAAGUUCGACGGGCAGAGCCUGGUGAAAAGGCAUCGUCUUGUCUAUGAUGCGUUAGCCGAUGAACUUCAAUCUGGACUACACGCGGUCUCUAUUGUGGCCAAGACACCCCAGGAAGCCGCCGCCGCCAAAUAAAGCUCCGUUGAAAGAGUUCUGAAGGUUAUAAAACUGGUGAGUUAAUGUUGAGGUAGUUUUGUUUUGUUCAGAAGCCAUUUUUCAAAUGCGAUAUCAACUUCCCAUCUAUAAUGGAAUGUAAUCUUUUCUCAAUAGUUAUUCCUGAUGCUUGGAAUAAUUUUCAGAAACACACUGUUUCUCUUUUAGAUUUUUCUAUCCCUUUUCACAUAUAUUGUAUAUUGGAUGGUCGAGGUUUAUGCAUUCUUCGUUUUUCUCUAUGAAUAAUCAGUUUUCCA